AUGGACGCCGAUCCACAGACGCAGUCCGCCUUCAUCACGACCUUGCCAAGAGAAGUGCGCGAUGCCAUCUAUCUCGAGCUGUGGCGCACCAGUGGCCUGCGCCAGCACAUCCUGUUCCAUAGCUACGAGAGCGACUGGAAUGCGAGACACUUUUGUCGCUGGGCGUGCACGACCGACUUUUGUGUUGAGAGUCCGCUGCAGCAGGACAUCGAGCAACUAAGGCGUGACCUUGAUGUCCCCCUCGGUGAGGAUAUCGAGAAGAAUCGAGACCCGAGAGCCACUCUCUAUGGCCGACGGAUGCAAAGCCCCUGGCUCAACCAUUGGGCCUGCGGCGAGCGGGCCGAAAAGGCACAUGGGUUCGACGCCAUCAUGGGGUUCCUCACCUCCCGCUUUUGCUGGAAAGGAAAGACGGUGCCCGGUGUCGAGCCCGAGGCCGCCCCAAACGUCUACAUGCCCAUGCUACUAUCGUGCAAAGCCAUCUCUGCCGAAUGCCUCAAGUCGAUCUACGAGUCCACGACAUUCGUCUUCACCGACAUGAAAACGGUCCAGAUGUGGUUUGGCUACUGCGCCUUGCCACCGUUCAUGCAAGCCUGGCCGAAGCGCGGUAUCACGCCGCCUGCGUUCUACAAAUACGCUAGAAGCUUCGAGCUCUCACUGUUUCCCACGUUUCCUCUCGACCUGCUCUGCGCGACCAAGGAUCUCCCCGGGUUGCCAACGCGGCACGCUGUCUACGACUUUCACUGGCUGCGCUUGGACCGAUUUGCCCAUCUGACCAACGUCAACAUAUGGAUCGAGUCUCGGUCGCUGAUGCCUCUGUCCGAGGACAAUCUUAACUUCUCGGGAAUCAAGCGCUUCUCUCGCGAGGCGCUGCACGAAGCUCUGGCUUGCUUUUCGAGUGUUCCUUCGGUCACCAUCAGCACUGUCCUGGGUUCGGGCAUCGGCCCAGAUGAUGACGGCCGCGUCGAGACAUUGCUCCGCCUGGGUCGCCUUGUUCAAGCGCGCCUUGGAGAUCGAUUCACUCGUAUCUGA